AUGUCCCCUGCACGGCUUGCGAGAAAAAGAAAAGCCGACCGGGAAUCGCAAAAAGCCUCCCGCCUGAAACAGAAAAACUAUAUCGCGCAUCUGGAGGCCCUAGUCAAGUCGUUGGAUGCUUCUGCGGGCUCUGAGCCUGUCGAGCUGCUCAAACGUCAAGGCGCCGAAAAUAUCGAGAUCAAGAAGGCCCUCACCACCAUCUGCAGGAUCGCCCAAACGGCCCUGGGCGUCGAAGUGGGCGACGGUCAAUAUAUGGGCACUUCGUCUUCGCCCGAGCCAAUGACAGAUCAAGCAAACGUCAAAGAGAUGAAGCAUGAUCCCCCGAAAAUCAGCGAAAUCCAGCCGUUUCAGCCGACCAAGAUGGAUUACGAGACGGAACCUGGCAAAUGCGUGGGUGAAACAGACGCGACUCUCCAUCCCAUCGUUUCCCAAACAGAUGGUGCCGGGUUUUCAUCAAUGUUUACAGGAGAGGACGCAGAUCUGGGAGAGUUCAUUCACGACGACCUUCUGGACUUUUCGGUCCGGGAGCCGGUCGCUCCCCAGACCUUCGAGUCGUCAGACAUUCUCUAUGUCAGAGAAUCAACGUCCAUGAAUGAACCGACCCCUAACUCUUGGCCGUUUCCGCCCAUCUCGGAAUCUUUACUUAUACGCUCCCUCCGAACGGGGGCUGGAGGCCGGGAUUGGGUAACUACGGUGAACCUGCUGGCUUCCCCGGUUUUGUACCCACUUGAACCACCGGAGGAUGCGCUCGAUGGAGAUAUUGCAAUUACAGCAGUCCUGCGUGGCUGGAACGCUGUCGAGGCACGAGGGCCACUGGAUCAUGGGUGGAAGGUACUUCGCGAAGUUGACCAAACCAUUUUUCCCAGAUGUGGUAUUGCGGAAAGAAUGGCCGUCUUGCGGAUGAUGAGGCUGAUGUGCCAGUACGUGACGACGGCUGAACAGCGACCAGAGCUACCACAUUUUAUGCUAAGACGCCCGUGUCAAGAACACAUCAAGCAUCAUCCAAUGAUUGAUUAUCUCGUCUGGCCCGGAGUCCGCGAAAGAUUGAUCUUCUCACCACACAAGUUCGCUGCCAAUGCAGACCGAUACGCUGAGCUUUUCAGCUCCAACUUUCGCUUUCUGUGGCCGUUCGAGCCCGAGGACAUCUACUACCGGGACCCAGACACCGGCCUAUAUGCAUUCUCGGAGCAGUUUAUCGGGCGCACAGAGGAUCUCGCCUGCUGGACAAUGCACAAUGACUAUUUCGUCGCCUUGCCAGAGUUACGCGGCGAUAUACCCGGGUUCCCGCAAACUUCCAUUUACACCCUGCAACCUUCGGUGUCACAACAGGCCGUGGUCGUUCAGCGAAAGACUUUGACGAGGCCGGGAGACAGCCAGGAGUCUUCACAGAGCGAGAAGUGCUCGGUCAACAUGGACUUUGCUCAUACCAUGUGGGGGAGAAUGCCACAAGUGUCUUGA